UAGAGUUGGACAACUGUUUUGGCCAGGCUCUUUUUGUGCCUAACGCAAUUACGCACGGCUUGAGAGGAGAACAAUUUCGAACCAAGAGUCGCUAGAGUUUUUCAGUUUUGUUAUAGUUGACAUUUAAAGUGUGGUUUAGUGGUAGUUUUGUAUUUUCUCUUUUGAUAAAGACUUGUCAGGUCACAGCAGGCGAGGGGCAUCUUCUUUUUGCUUUAUCGGCUUCUAGAAAAGACUGCCAGCAUAAACAACAAGAGAAAAAAAACAUCAACAAGUGGCGUAAUAGACAUUUACGCAGAGGGUGUGACAGAAAACGUAAGAGAGGGAGCGAGAUAGGUCCAUAGAGACACCCCCGGAGACAAGCCCCCGGCCAGACACCAGGAGAGAGAGUGAGCGAGGGACGAGCGUUAAAAGCAGGCAGGAGGCAUGAUGUCUUACAUUAAGCAACCCCAUUACGCCGUGAACGGGUUAACGCUGUCCGGCCCGGGCAUGGAUCUGCUCCACACCGCUGCCGUUGGAUACCCAAACACUCCGCGUAAACAGCGCCGGGAGCGCACCACCUUUACGCGCGCGCAGCUGGACAUCCUCGAGGCUCUGUUUUCCAAAACGCGAUACCCGGACAUCUUCAUGAGAGAGGAGGUAGCCCUCAAGAUCAACCUGCCCGAGUCCAGAGUCCAGGUGUGGUUUAAGAAUCGUCGUGCCAAAUGCCGCCAGCAGCAGCAGCAGAGCACAGGACAGGCCAAACCCCGACCUCCAAAGAAGAAGUCUUCUCCAGCUCGAGAGGCCAGCGCUGAGGCCAAUGCCAACGUGACCAACGGCCCCUACAGCCCCCCUCCUCCACCCCCUGGCACCGCCAUCACCCCCAGUGCCAGCUCGGCCAGUGCCACUGUGUCCAUCUGGAGCCCGGCCUCCAUCUCUCCUCUGCCUGACCCAUUGUCUGCCUCCACCACCCCCUGCAUGCAGCGCACCAGCACCUACCCCAUGACCUACAGCCAGGCCCCUGCCUACAGCCAGAGCUACGCCGGCUCCUCCUCCUACUUCACAGGCCUGGACUGCAGCUCCUACCUGUCGCCCAUGCACCCACAGCUGUCAGGCACCGGAGGAGCCCUCAGCCCCAUCACCUCGUCCAUGGGCGGGCUGAGCCAGUCCCCCUCUCUCUCCUCACAGGGGUACACCGCCGCCUCGCUGGGCUUUGGGGCGGUCGACUGCCUGGACUACAAGGACCAGUCAGCAUGGAAACUCAACUUCAAUGCAGCUGACUGUUUGGACUACAAGGACCAGAACUCCUGGAAGUUCCAGGUCUUGUAAUAAUGAGCAAGGAUAAAAUAUAAUGAGGAAUCAAAAAUCACAUUUGUGAUCAGAAAGAAGCAAAGGAAUCAACGUAUCAACCUUAAAAUAUUUAAUUAUUAUAGUUUUUGCAUUUCUGGAAAUCAUCAUUUUUUUUACUCAUCCAACAAUUCCAAGCUGAUUUAGACUGAAACAUUGUCCUUCAUUCAGACAUUUCAUUCCUUCAUUUAAACAGUGCUUUUAAUCACAUGAAGCAUGGUGUUUUUCUUGUCUUUUAUUUACUGUGAUGUUUUAUUAAGCUGCUUUUCAUCAGUGAACUGUCUCAAAAAGCUUGAGCCAAAUGUUAUAACUUUAGUAUUCUGAUGUCUUUUGAGUAGCCAUUGACUUAGUUUUGUGACUCUGUUUAAGUCUCGUACAAUGCGUUCCCCCUGCAGACAACUUUAGAUGGACAUUACCAUGGACACUGCAGUAUUAUGAACCUGUUGCCUUUGGUUGUAAUGAUUAGCAGAACAUUUCACACAUUGUUGAUUUAAUGGAAUUAUUUCCAGAGCAUUGGGGCCACUUGCUUUGUAACUAUUCACUGAAAAAUUGACUGGCUGAAAUUGACGCAGUGUAAUAUUUUUUUGCUAUUUUGAUGCGAUGUUUGAUGGGUGAUAACCAGAGAAAGGGAAGGGACAGGGCUCUCUAGCGCCCCCCCUUUGCACAGACAGCUGGGUGCCUACUCCGCGCUGUAAAGAUGUGAUGGUACCAGUUUAAGUAUUUAAUGUAUUGUUUGAGUUCUUUUUUGUAUUAGACUUAAAAUAUUUCAUAAAAAUGUGUGAAUUUCUUAAAGUAAAGAAAUGCUGUAAUUCCUAUUCUUAUAAUUUUAUUCGUCUUUGUCUUGAG